CCUACCUGUAUAGAGUUGGCUCUGAAUGCCCUGACAAAAUACCUCUACAAAUAUUUUCUUUACUGUUACAGAACAAUUCCCACGAUACUAGAAUGAUCAUCUUCUCUAGGAUCAGAGAUACAUCUUUCAACUAAAAAUAUCCAUGCCUGAAGCUCCAGUUAGAGAUAGAAUAAGUGUCUGCUGACAUGUGUCACCAGUGUUUCAGAAUCAAAACUAGAAUAGAGCAGGUGCUACAGUGCAGAAAUAUGCCUGGCAGUCGGAAAAUAGAAAAUUGCCAAAAACAUGGCUGUCUAAAUAUGUGUUAUAAAAAGAGAUGAACUGCAAAUGAACUUUGGGAGUUGUUUACAAAAACAAGCAGAGCUUUAGGAUAUUAGAUGCCCUUCCCCUUAAUCACCCCAGAAUUUGAUAGGUGAGUAGGAGACUUCUAAAGGCAUCAGUAUCAGGGACAUAAUUCCCAUUGGCUUACAUUUCUGUCUCUGAUUUAAUGCCAGGGGAAGUGAUAUUCAAACUCAACUUUUGCCAUUACCCAUGCAGUUGCCUAUGGGGAAAAUUACAGUGGCUCUAUUUAAAGUAAACAUCUAAAGUAUCUGCCACCGAUUUCCAAUGUAACCUUGGAGAAGUGACAUGACAUAACACUUUGUUGACUCUAUUUCUCCACUAAGUUAUAUACUAUUGCAGAAGUGCACAAUAGUAAGAGGAGGCAGAAUUUGUAUUGCCUUCUGCCCGUUUCUCAAUUUGUAUAUCUGCCUCUGAGAUGUAUUUGCCAGGAUUAUCAAGGUGUACAUCAUUCAGGAAUCUGAUGUUGUGGUUUGGUUGAUUACAGGGGCGGCAGUGCUGUUCUUCCUUUUUGUUACCAGAUUUCUGUGGGCACAACAAAAUGGGUGUGCCAUAACCAAGCUAGUACAGCAGAAUUGAAGAUGCUCUAAUAUGGUCUUGAGCACGGACUAUUAACCAGAAUACACACUACCCUGAGUGUAUAAUCAGAUUGUAGCCCAUGCUGAAACUUAUACUCCUUUGUCUUCAGUCUUGCAUGAUGAAGAGAGAGUCAGUGGAGGGCUUGUUUAAAAUGCCCUUGCACCUUUCUUGUUGAGGUGCUGACUUUUGACACAAGCAGAGCUGAUACCAGGUAUGGACAAAGUACACUUUGCCUGUGGAAGCAGUGUGUCAGAUGUAGUAAACCUACAAUAGCCUUCCUGUUUAUUUUGCCUGUGACAGAGGCUAGAAAGCCACAUUUGCUGCUUUGUCUGCUACUGUUGGAGGAGGAACAGUCUCUGAUGGAUAACUUUUUUUUCCUACUGCUACACUUAAGGGUGUCUGGAACAAUGACCCCAGGUUUUUAGAGCUCUCUUUAUGCUUUCUUUGUCCCAAUUUUUCUCUGCCUUUCCCGUAUUAGAAUUAGUUUAACAUGGCCUUUUGACCUAAGAGUGGGGUCCCAUUCUUCUCUCCUAAUGAGCCCCUCAGUCUCACACAUUUUUGAUUCCUUACAUUAGCAGAAAAGUAAGAUUUUGACUGCGUAAAAACUCAUCCCUGAAAUUUAGUCCAUUGUUUUCUUUAAUUUUACUUUGUUUUACUUCAAAGAGUUUACAUAACAAGAUGAGGGGCAUUGAGUUAGCAACAUUAAAGACACAAGAAUAAUAUAGCCUGUGCUGAUGGAUAAGAGUAAAAAAACAUAGGUCUUUAGAGUCUGUCUUCAUUAGCAGCAGCGCAGCUGCGCUGGCUUUGGAGAGGAGGCACCACUGUGGCACCCAGCCCCCAGCUGUGGGGUCAGUUCUGCUCCUGGGCACUCAGGCUUUGCUCCCAGCCACGUCAGCUCACAUGUUGGGAUGUAACCUCCCAAAAGAAAGUCACACUGUUGCUUUAUUUUUAAAUCCUUAGAGUUCAGAGACUGGGAUUUUCUUCAGGGACAUUCAGUCGUGUACUUGGGCAUCUUUGUUCAAUUUUUAGAUCAUCUUUGAAAUUUUCACAAAUAGCCCAAUUCCCAUUAUUUAUGUUACAUGGGAGCAAAAUAACCACCCCAGUAACGUAUCCACUGAGACUUACAGUUAGACCAUAUAAGGUAAAAAAAUGUAUUUUCCCUGAAACCUGCUUUGGUAUUUACUAUAAAAUGCACCGAGAGCUAAAAUCUUUAUGCUGUGCAUGGAUUUUAUCACAUAAAACCCAAUUGUUUUAAAGAGGAGAGUGCUGAGUAAGCAAAGCAUGUGUGAAUCUUCGUAUCAUGUUCUUCGUCCCAUUGAUCCUCUUGUCAUCAGCUGCUUGCCCACAAAAAUAUACAUCACUCCUGCUUAGUGCAUUUGAAGAUGCCCAUCUGAUAGCAGAGUUUGUCCAAGUACUUUGUGGCCCUUCCUCAGGUACAGGUGUGGACAAGUGUUCCCUGAAAUGUGAAUUUUCUUGACUAUGAGUGCUCUAAAUUACUGUUCACAGACACAUCCAGGCACACGUACCCAGCAGGGCAGUGGUAUGUACGUGAAGCUUCUGCUGAGAGUCCCUCUCAGUGUGCUAAAUGAAAGCAAUUUAACACAUAGUGCAAGGGGAGGGUUACUGUGGUGGGCAGAGAUGCAGAGCUCCUCAUGGCUGCAGCUCAGCAGAGGGAGCAGCUAAAUUUUGCUAUCCUGGCUUCAGGGUGUACUCUGGACUUACUUGCUGGAUCAUUUCUGUCACAUAAGCUCCCUUCUCUCACCCCAUGCCAAUACUUGCUAUGGGCACUCCCAGUGCUUUAAAUCCAGACCGACUUGGGUUUGGACCUUCCUUGCUAGCCUUAUGCCAGGUAUGAGUUUCCCUGCACAAAGGAGGCUCUCCAUCCACUCUAAAGUGCUUUGCUUUGCUUUGCUGAGACACAAAGUAUCUUAACAGACUGGAGAAUCUGAUCCAGAAACUUUAUAAAGUAGCAGAAAUAUUUGGGAAUAUCCCAAAGAAACCAUUAUCACCCGUCCCAGAAUGCAAGACAGUAGGAUUAUACAGUGCCCAAUAAUUCUGCACUUCAUAAGUGAUAGCAUAUUUAGAGUACAGAAAAAGAUUUUAGGGAGGAGUCGUUUGCCUUUAGCUAUUUAAGAUAGCUGUUAACCAACAAAACUGCUGCUUUAAACAAACUCCCUUUACAAAACAAUUUACGAGGAUUAAGUUGCAAAGCUCAAAAUGAUCAUACUGAAGAAUAUAACCCUGAAAACUAGGUCUGGAAGGCAGCAAAGAAUCUUCCUUUACAAUACGGACGCUAAUAAAAGAAACCUAAAAUUGCCUAUUGUCAUAGCUUUAAUAUUAACACUGGCUGUUUUGGCAAGCUUUAAAGACUGGACUGCACUAUAAAACCUAAAAAUGUCCUGGACUUGGAGUUGUUUACACAAAAUAUGAGGAGAUAUAAAGUUACAGAGCUGGGGGUUGGAAGAGAUGGCUUUAAAACCAUCCUCCGUGCACUGACGUCACGUGGAAGCCAGCUGCUGGGAUGAUGCUGAACGGAACUGUUUUUCAGUUUGCAAAAGUUGCGGAGUUAUUCAAAGAGAGUUUCAAAUGCUGCCCCAGUUGAAAGGUUGUCUCUUGCUUAGCUUUCUUAUUUCUUUUAAAGAUCAAGAUUUGCAGAACUGGAUCCCAGCUAGCUAUGCAUUUCAUUGCUUUCACUGCUGUUUAGAAAUGGACUGAAAAACUUGCAAAGGAUUUCUUAUUCCAUGAAAGGAAACAUUCAGGGAAGAAAGAACAAAAGCAGAGCUAUCCUCUUGCUGUCACACAGACUGUAACCAUGGACCUGCGUAAACAGCUGGAGAAUACUGAAAGGAACUGGAAUAAAGAGAAGAUGGAAUUGCUGGAGAGAUUUGACAAUGAAAGGAAAGAAUGGGAAUGUCAAUGGAAGGUCAUGCAGAAGAAAAUAGAAGAGCUUUACCAGGAGGUAAAACUUAGAAGGGAGAGCAAUAUGAGUGUCCAUGAUAAUAAGGCCAUUCAGAGCAAGAUGCUGCAGCUGUCCAUGCAUUCCCCUACUUUGGAAGAGAGUGACACAGUGGAGCUAAACUAUCAACACAGUGUGGCAAAUGACAGGAUGGAAAAAAGGAAUUUGCUCAGUAAAACAGGACAUGAAUGUAAAGAAAACAGAGCCAAGAGCAGAAACAAUACUCUGUUAAUGGACAAUCUGGCCUUUGAGAACUGUGAGAAACCUGAAGACAGCCUCAGCAUCAAAACUUCCAAGAAAAAUGCCAAGAAUUAUAUUGGUGAUCUCAAUUUAGCUCUUAAAGAACUUGCCAGAGUCAGUGAAGAACUAUGCAGCUAUCAAGAGGAAAUUCGAAAGAAGUCCAACCACAGAAGAAUGAAGUCACUUCCUUUCCUGGGGGAAUUUGAGGAAACUCAAAACACAGUUAUUCUGCCUGAAAUGAACCAUGUGUCCAGCAGUGAAUCACAGGCAUUAGUUGCUUCUGAAACAGAGGAACAUAAUAAUAGGAAGAAUCUGAUGAGCUCCACCAAGGCUUUGAAGGACAUGUCCUAUGGUGGUCUUACUGGUGCUGACAGAGGAACAGAAUUCAGACCUUGGCACAAGAAAGAAGCUCCACCAGUUCCUCCACGGAGCACUUCUCGGCACCUAACAAAUUCACUUUCUGCAGUUGUACAGCUUUCUGAAGCAUCAAUAAGAGAUCCAGGCAUCAAAAGCAAUUGCAAGGCUCAGGACUGUAGGAGUGGACAGAAACUGAUGAAGCCUUCACCUAUAAACCAGAAUGAAACUGCAGCAGCCUGUGCAAAUGAAGGGCAGGCUGUGAAAGGUCCUGUGAUGGCAACUGCUGCAAUACUUGUAACCAAAAAUGAGUGCAAUGUACCAACAAAUUUCUGCCACAACACGUGGGCAUAUGAUGUGGGCAAACUCGGAAAAGACAAUAAAAGUGAACCUUCCUCACUGUCAGCCCAAAAGAGUUGUUCAGAUGGAAAUAUGGCCCAGAGCAACAAGAAGCACCAGAAACAAAAUCCCAAGUCUCACAGCAGUCCUUAUUACAGCAAUGACUUUUAUGCCCCUGCUACCCUGCACAGUGAUCUUUUGGAAGACUCUAGGUAUACUUUGGGAAAGACCCAAAGAAAUGAAACUUUAGCAGCAAAGAUCGAUGAGUUUAACCGGACUGUAUUUCACACAGAUAAACGUAACAAUGCUUUGCAAGAAAACCAGGUGCCUCGAACAGUAUCAGAAGAUCACAAACCUUGUGGCCCACUGUGUGACUCUGCUAUUAGCAGGACAGAAACUGUAAAUGCAUCUUGCGUUUCAAAUCCCAAAUUCUCUGCAGCAAAGGAGCAGGAAACUAGCAACCCCAGCAAAGCUGUCAGAACAGCAGGGCAACAAAAGCAAAUAAAUGGACUUCCAAAUACUAGUGGUUAUAGGCACAUGCUUCACGAGCAUGACUGGAGACCAAGUAAUCUAUCCGGUCGCCCGCGUUCAGCUGACUCAAGGUCGAACUAUGGUGUUGUUGAAAAGCUUUUGAAAAACUAUGAAAAAUCAACAGUGACUUCUCCAUGUAAUGCAAAAUGCUCCAAAGAUAAGUGGACACGAGCAAAUUGUGAAUUCACCGAUGGGGGUUGCGAAACAUUGAGUCAGUAUUUAGAAAUGCUCCAAAUUGAGCAAGGAAAGCAAGAAUUGCCAAGGAAUUCAGCCAGGCAUAUUGGGCAGCAACUCAAGCAAGGGAAAGAGCGACAGAAGUUACCAGAGAUAUCUGUGCCAGCUAAAUGUUUGAGUGGGAAGGGUUUCUCCCGGCCCGCUCGGCCAGCAAAUCGACGCUUACCUUCCAGAUGGGCAUCCAGAUCACCGUCAGCACCGCCUGCUGUGAGAAGAACAGCAUACAACUGCUCUGUCUCCUUUCGGUCAGAGACCUCCGUAGUCUGAACCCAGAGCUGGGUCGGAUGGUGUUGUGAAAGCUCUACGCCUCAUUAUUAACUGUGUUCGGUAUGUGCUAUAACAACCACUUCCACACUGUUGUAUCUUGUCCAAAAGUGACCCCCACCACAUGCCGGACAAAGCGUUUUGAAUCUUAGGUCAUCAUCACCAUGGUCUUCAGUGUUUUUAUUGAAAUGAAAUAACUAUACCCCUGGUUUUCUCUGGUUUUUUUGGUAAUAGCUCACAAGGAAUUUCUUUUGAAUGGCAUCUUCCUUAAUUUGCCAAUCAGUUUUGAGUUGAAACAAUGUAUAGUGCUGUAUAUUCUGACUCUUCUGCAAACAGCAGAAUGUAAAGCUGUAUGCAUGAUCAUGUGUUUGUAGGUGCAUGUGUUGGACUAGGAAGUAUACAGGUCUGUAUUUAGAAGAGACAAACUGUGCAAGUGUUGACAUUGAAAUUACAACCUAUAUGCCUACAUAUAUAUAUAUACUUUGUGUUUAUUUUAAAAAGUUUGAAAUAUACAGUCCUGAUGACAUUUAUAUUUUGUAUCUCUUUUACAUAGGUUCACAGGUGUAGUAUUUAAUGUACAAAAACUAAAUAUGCAUUUUUGUGACUGAUUGCAGCGAUAAUGCCUUGCACAAUAUGUAUCUGAAGCAGACUAGCUCGACUGAUGCAUCAGUCAUGCUUCACGGCAUCCUCGUUCGGUUUCCUAACCCUUAACGAUGCUAGGACAAAAUACCCAAACAUAUUUUUUUUUAAUUAAAAUAUUAUAUGAUUUGUAAUACAUUAGCCUUUUUCAGCACCAGAGACAUUUCUGAAAUGUUCCAAUCCCUUUUAAAAGCUUAAAUGUGCCAUUAUAUAUAUAGCAUACUGUAAACACUUCGGUAAUUUCGACUAGUGUAAUAUAGUUUAUGAAGGGAAGAAAAGGGUUGUAUGUGCUCAAUUCUGUAAAACUUAUUUUUCCUUCUAGCAUUAUACUUUGAGGUUUGGCAAAGUCAGAUAACAAUGGACUUGUUUACUUUCACUCAAGGCAGGAGAACAAGGACCAUUGUUCCCAGUGCUGCAGCCACACUCCUUUUUUACUCUUCUCCUAGACUAGAGUGCCUCAGCCACUUGCUAAUUUACUGCUCCUGGACUGACUCGUGGCAGUCAGUUACGAAGUUUACUUGCACUCUGGCAACAAGCUGCAUCUAGUAUGGAAAUAUUGCAUCGAGGUAUGAUCACAAUGCUGCCUGAAAUCCUAGACACAUGGCGUUGGAAGUAUGUUUUUGCCAUCGCAUGAAUUGGUAUUAUGGGCCGUCUGAAUGACAUGCACAGAGCCUGGCUUGUUCCUUCCCCCAACGUGAAAGAAAUCCAGAUGCUACCCAGACUCUUGCUGAACUUUCAGAAAGACAGUGUCCUUCAUCCUGGAAUUUUUGCACCCUUCUCUAGGCUGUUGCUGGAGGCAUAGUGCGGUAACAAUGACAAAUGUUACCUUUAAACAGCACGUCUAUGAUAAAAGGAGUAGAGAGGCACUUCUAUAUCAGCCGGGUCUUGUCUUGCAACUUUUCUGCUGCUGCUGGAGAAACAGUGUGUAUUCAAAGGAAUUUCAAAAAUCACCCCAGGAUCCAUUAAUGUGCACAUCUUCUUAUGUGAAUGUAAAAAGGAUUUCAGAGAGAGUGUAGGCUUUUGUCCUAGUGAAUUGUAUAUGUGGCAAUAUAGGGAAAAUUAAUUGUGCUUAAUUUGAUAGUGAUCUGUUGUCCUACUCCAGUCAUGUUGAGAAUCCAUGCCUUUUUCCUUCUUUUUAGGGCCUUAUUCUUCUUUCUUCCGCACAACUUUGGUUUUGCAGAGCAAGAAGACAGGAGGCCAUGUGUUCUGAGCAAUACGGCCUGUAUGGUAGUACCAGUAAUUGUUCAGGCAUGCCACCAUGGGAGGGAGCAGGCAUUAGAGCCAUAAAUCCCACUUUAUCAUGCCUUUAUGGCUGCCUGCAUGGCAAAACCAUGCUCAGAGUACUUUGCCCAAUCUAGACUUCCGGUCUUUUUGAGGUAUAAGUGGUGGGAAAAUCCCACAGACAGAUCAACAAUUGAUCAAAAUUUACUCAGACAUUAUUGCAGUUAUUACCGAAAAAUAUACAAGGA